CAAACACCUUUCACACCAUGAGCACCAAACUGGUACUCUGCCUGUGCCUGGCGCUCUUCGGAGCCCUGGCCACGGCCCUUCCCCUGGAGGAGAAUCCUGUGCUGGAACAAUCGGAGGUGGAGAACAGCCAGGAACUGAACAGCCUGGAGGAGAACGACGCCGAGGCGGAUCCGUCGUCGUGGCGCAAGCUCUUCGGCAGCGAAGGCAGCGCCGGCAACAUCGUGGUCACCUUCCCAUCCACCACUACGACUACCAAGAAGCCCAAGUCCAACAAGAAGCCGCACUACCCACAGCCGCCCAAGUACCCCUCGUACUACUACCCACAGUACCCCUAUCCAUCGUAUCCCUACCCCGGCUACUAUCCACCUCCACCACCGCCUUCCUACCCGUAUCCACCCUACCAUCCCGGAUACCCUGGACACGGCGGUCAUGGUGGACACGGCGGACAUGAUGGCGGACACGGCGGACAUGAUGGCGGACACGGUGGACACGAUGGCGGACACGGCGGACAUCAUCACCACACGACGACCACAACCACAACGACCACCACCAAGAAGCCGAAGCCCGAUCACCCGCACUAUCCUCCACCACCACCCUACUAUCCUCACUACCCGUACUACCCACCUCCGCCACCACCACCACCACCACCACCGAAGCCAUCGCCAAACGACUCUGGAGAGUCCUCCGAAACCGAUACCACCACAAACAUCAAGCUCUGCAAGAAGUUCAUUGGACUCAUCUGCAUCUAAGCGGUAGCUCUUCAAUCCUUCAAUCACCUUUAAAAUCAGCUCAAUAUUUAUUUAUUUAAACAUUAAUUUAUUUACCGAAUAAAAAAUUGAAGCAUA